CAGCGACGGGGACGGCGCCGCCGAACGUUUUACGUUCAAAACAAGGAAGAAGGUUUUUUUAUUCUGAGGAAACUGCGACGGAGGCGAGAAGAAAGACGCUGUGAGGAGGAUCAGUACAGUAUUCCUGGUCUUGGUUUUGGUCCUGGUCCUGGUUCUGGUCCUAGUCUUGGUUCUGGAUGAGAUCAUGGUCCAGCUGCAGCUCGGCUCUCUGGACCAGCUCGGUGAUUCGUGGUUCGGUCGUCCGUUUCCUCGUCACGGACUUCAGCUGCUCUUCUGGUUCGCCAACGACUGCGUCACCAUUGAGUCUGCAGGCGUCAUGAAGCUGGUGUCCGACUGUCAGCCAGAAAUUGGUUUGUUUGGUUUCCACGUGUUCGGAAACAUGGAGGAGCUGCUGCCUGCUCUGAAGAAACGCUGGAACAAGAAACAGGUUUCGUACUUUGAGGUGGGAAACCUGAACACUGAAACAUACCCGGCGUCCGCAGACCUUCCCGCCUACGUCAGAGAGAAUUAUGGGCUGGAUGGUAACUAUGGCGACGACAACAGUGACCGCAUCAUCAUCAGUUACCGGGCGAGGAGCCGGCUGGUGGAGGCGGUCUACGUCACCGAGCACGACAGCAACGCCUUCGGGAGGUUCAGAGCCGACCGGACCUUCCAGAUCCGCUGCGAUUUGAUCCGGGUCCUGCAGGACCAGCGGCUGGAUGUGUCCUCGCUGCUAAACCAGAUGGGUUACUAUGACGACGUGCAGCAGCCGUCGGUCCAGGAGAUGCUGGACAUGCUGCAGACCUUCAGCGGAGACGGUUUCUUCUCUGGAGGCUUCGACCGGUUCAUGGAGCCGUUCAACUUCGACCAGCGGUGGAUCUUCGACAUGACACCCAGCAACAGAGCCGUGAAGCCCAGGAGAACCAGAACCAAGAAGAAGACCAGAGCAGUCACCAGGAGCUACUGGGAGCCCUACUGGGAGCAGAGAUACCCAGUUUUUGCAGAAGAACCAAAGAAGAAGGACAGAGGAGGAGGAGGAGGAGGAGGAGGAGGAGGAGGAGGAGGACUGGGCUUGAUCAGGAUCCUCCUGGGAGCUGGAGCCCUUUACCUGGCCUUCAGGUGCUUCAGAUGGUGGAUGAGGAGUUGCUGGGAGUCGGACUGCUGGGAAGCCGUCCUCAGCAUGAAUCCAUGGAGGGUUGAGGGUCAUCAGCCGCCGCACGUCAUGCUGGAUUACGUCUUUUAGAUCAUCUUCUAGAUUACACUUCUGAUGUCUUCAAACAUUCAAGGAUGUCAGAAACUCUCCAUGAAUUUUCCACACUGGAAAAUAAUGAAGUUUUAAUGAUUUUUAUAAAGAUCUGACACUGAAGGCUCCACACCGUCUUCAGUCUGAAUGUUUUUAUUUAAAGUGAAUUAAACUUGGAAAAUCUGAGCUCAAAGGUAUAGUUUUAGAAGUAAGUAUUCCUAAUAGAGAGGAUGGAGUUGUGUUGGUUUAUCUCAUACUUCUUUUCUUUGCACCAAUCAGAUCAAUAAGCCGAGAAAUGAAGCAGCUGGAGUCCUGGAACUUUAUCUUCUCAUUGAUCUGAACAUCUGGUCGAAUCAUACAAACCAGCUGGAGGACGAUGGAAAUAUCGUCCAGAAUCAGUUUAUCUGUCAUCUGGUUUAUCACUGGUUUAGGGCUGGUUUAGGACUUUUUUAACUGGCUUCAGGCUGGUAUUGGACUAGUUUAGGACUGGUUUUGGACUAGUUUUCCACUGGUUUAGGACUGGUUUUGGACUAGUUUCCCACUGGUUUAAGACUGGUUUUGGACUAGUUUUCCACUGGUUUAGGACUGGUUUUGGACUAGUUUUCCGCUAGUUUAUGACUGGUUUUGGACUAGUUUCCCACUGGUUUAGGACUGUUUUGGACUAGUUUUCCACUAGUUUAGGACUGCUUUUGGACUAAUUUUCUGCUAGUUUAUGACUGGUUUUGGACUAGUUUUCCACUGGUUUAGGACUGGUUUUGGACUAGUUUCCCACUGGUUUAUGACUGGUUUUGGACUAGUUUCCCACUGGUUUAAGACUGGUUUUGGACUAGUUUUCCACUAGUUUAGGACUGGUUUUGGACCAGUUUCUCACUAGUUUUGGACUAGUUUCCCACUGGUUUGGGACUGAUUUUGGACUGUUUCAGGACUGGUUUAUGACUGGUUUUAGACAAGGUUAGGACUAGUUUCUGAGUAUCGUACAGCCAUUUUUAUCUCAUACUUUAAAGUUUUUAAACUCCAGUGUUUCCUCAGAGGGGUCCUCCACACUGGGGGCAGUAUCCGGUCUGCUGCUGGGGUGCUGUCCACGGGUCCCUUCAGCUGGUUGGGGGGUCCCCACCUCGGUGUGGGGGUCCCCCUGUCUGUCAGGGUCCAGGGGGUCCGGGUGCCGGCGCCCCCGGCAGUCAUGGCUUGAGACUCCUCCUAGUGUGGACGACCCCAAUGGAGGCGUUUUCCAUGAUCCUCAGUGCCAUGCCAUGUCUCCCUACUGUCAGUGGUGGGAGUGUGUGUGUGUGUGUGUGUGUGUGUGUGUGUGUGUGUGUGUGUGUGUGUGUGUGUGUGUGUGUGUGUGUGUGUGUGUGUGUUUAUGCAUGUUUGUGUGCAGUUGCGUGUAUAUUUCCAGGGUGGGAGGGAAAGGUUUUCUUGUUUUUAAUUCAAUGUUUUUAAAGUUGUAAAGCACUUUGUGGUGCAAUUUUAUUGUAUGAAAAGUGCUAUACAAAUAAAGUUUGAUUGAUUGAUUGA